CCUAAAAUGUCGGCGUUGUUCCUGCCCUGAACCCAAGAGAACUGAUAAUGCACUUGUUCUCCCUAUUUUUCCUCUUGGCCUGUUUUAUCAGGCUUGGAGCACGUGGAGAGCCUGCCGAAGCAGAGAUUUAUACGCCUCAAGAUGCCCGUCACAUUUACAGCAUGCUCGAGCAAGGACAACAGUAUCGACAGUCAUUGGAAGAAGAGAAGAUGCGACUGUACGACAGCAUUAAAGCGUACGACAGUGAACACAGUGCGGAUCUCUAUCGAUUAGCGGCUGUCAAAUAUGACGAUUUCAGUGCUUUUGAACGAUUAGUGUUCGGCAUGCUUCGGGAAUAUAUGCAAGUGGUGCAGCAACAUGAACGUCGAUCCACAUACGAUUUCCGCACCCCAGCUUUGAAAUUGACCUUUGAAUUCCAGCUUGCGAUCAAGAAGUUCCACGAACAGCUCACAUCCAAUACGAUCGAGUUGGGCGAGUCCGAGUCACACGAAACGGAAUCUGUGGGGGAUGUGCUUACCGAUAUGCUGAAAGAGAUUCGAGAAAAUGCGGAUCAACUUGAACAAGGCAUGCGAAAGCAUAAUAUCGUGUUUUCUUCGGAUUCGCUUGGUCAGAUCGAAACCGUGUUAAAAGUCGGGGAUGAUGGCGGAACCACUUCACCUAGUGACGAUCAUUGGGUGACGCUCAUUGAUCAAGAUAACAACGAAUAUGUGAUGACACGGCCUUCCGACACAACGAUCAUUUAUGAAGAUAUGCAAUUAUUACAUGAUCUCAUUUUGAUCGUGGUGGUGUCGUUCGUUUUCGGCAGUUUAUUCUCAUGGGUUGGUUUUCCAGCUUUUUUCGGUUACAUUCUAGCCGGUAUCCUUGCGGGACCUUCUGGGACUAAUUUAAUCAAGGAAUUGAUUCAAACGGAAACGUUGGCGCAAUUAGGGGUCGUGCUUAUAGUAUUCGUCCUCGGGCUCGAGUUUUCUUUAGAAAAAAUCAAAGCCAUGUGGCAAAUGGCGUUGGGAGGAGCGAUGAUGAUUCUAUUGGUCACGAUGGUGUUCUUUGUGAUGAUAGGUGUAGCACUUGGUGCUACUGUUAAGGAGGCCAUCUUCGUGGGAGCGUGCGUCAGUCUAAGUUCCACGGCCGUGGUGGUCAAGGUGAUUAAAUCGGAUCACCUGGAACACUUGUAUAGUCUUCUCGUUAUGCAGGAUGUUCUUUUAGGCUUCAUGCUGGCCAUGAUCCCUGCGCUGGCCAAGUCCGGCAUCCAAGUAUUAUUGGCAAUGAUGAAAAUCACAUUGUCACUUUCCAUUUUCGCUCUGAUUUGCUUUGCCAUUGUUCGUCUGUUAUCGUGGGUUCCGCGGAUGCUUCGGCGUCUAUCGCCUAAACCGUCGAUCCAACCGAACAGUGAAUUGAUGUUACUGGGAACCAUCGCUAUUUGCAUGGUGAUGCUCGUUAUCUCGGAGAAUUUAGGUUUAGGCAUGGAAUUAGGCUGUUUUGCCGCAGGUGUCAUUGUACGAUCUCGGAAAAGUAUGUUUGAAGUAUCGUUGGCGCUCAUUGAACCCGUGCGUGAUCUGUUUGGAUGCUUGUUUUUCGCGUCGAUUGGGUUGCAUAUCUAUCCGUCAUUUUUGGCAUCCGAGGCCAUGCUUCUGUUAACCAUGACAGCUGCUGUCAUUGGCUUCAAAUACAUGGUGACAUCGAUCAUUCUUGUGUUUUUCAAGUUUGACAUUCGCAAAUCGUCGACCAUGGCGAUUGCCCUGGCCCAAAUUUCCGAAUUCGCUUUCGUCCUUGCGUCGCGCGCCAAACAAAUGGGGAUCAUUACACGCGAGGUGUACUACCUUCUCCUUGCUGUGACAUCAUUGACGCUUAUGGCCACCCCUAUCCUUUGGAAGCUCACCGAUCGCGCUUCAUUUAUGUCAUCUUCUUCCACCAGCUCCAGUACUGGCCCCACUACACAUCAUCAUCAUUCUUCAUCCGAUCACCAUCAUCAUCAACUUCCCGUCGCCAUGUCACUAGAUGAUGCCGACAAAUUCGCUUAGACGCGCGUUAUUUCCCUGUUCCUCUCCCUCUGAUUUCCCUUUUUUUUGUACAUUUCAAUCCGCCUUUAUUUCCUGUAGAUGUAAUAUGAAUAUGUCUCACCAGAACGGGAUGAUGACAUACUAUAAUAAAAACAUUAGAAAACUGUGAUAAAUUGGUAUUCAGG